GAGCCAUAAACUCUCCAGUACUAAAAACUAUUUGUUUAAUUACUCUGGCAAUACCGCGCCACAAGAAUAGCUAAAACAAAGAAAAAUGAAAAAAGGCUCGAGAAUUUUCCUCGCCAUGUACCUAACCUAAGUUUUAAUGAGAAAAAGGUACAGUCGGAUGGCGGCAGUUUAAAAAUUAAGAUAUUCAUACCUAUAAAAUAAAAACAAAUUGAAUUAUUUUGGACAAACACGGUUUUUGUUUUGGGAGAAAUUUGGUUAAUUUUGCACCAGAGUCUGCGCGCCGACAUAUUUUUAUUUUAUAGUUGGUGCUAAUUAAAAUUGCACCACGAAGACUCCAAUUAUGUUAACCGACAUGGAACACAGCUGUGCUUCAACGAAGUGUGAUUUGCCCGAUGACGAUGAGAUGGUUUCGUGUGAAACAUGCCGAAGGUGGUGGCAUUACAAGUGUGCGGAUUUUAACCCUACUUUAUUUGACACUGCUACUCCUUGGUUUUGUCGUAGAGAUGAUUGCGAUGAAAUUGGAAGUCAAAGUAAGGAAGAGAAUACACACACUGCAGGUGCCACGGCAAGUAAUACUCAAAAUGAUGUUUUAGCUGCUGUGGAUGGAUUGAUUGAGGCGGCUAGGGUGGCCCAAACGAUCGUUGACAUGAGAGACCAGGAAAUCGCUUCUCUGAAAGCAGAAAUGGACACGCUGAAAGCGCAGUUGGUUGCAACAUCGUCAGUUGCAAGGCAAGAAGCUAGUUCUGCUCAUUCUGCAGAUUUGAAAAGGCUUGCUAGUGAGAGGCUCGAAGCGAUUCGACAAAUUGAUUGCAGACACAAGCAAAUGGUAGGUCCUGCUGCUGCCCACUCAACUCCUCUGUCGGGGCAGAAAGACUGCAAUGUUAAAUUGCAAGAUGCGUCAAAAGACAGUUCGUGCCAUCAGUCAGAUAUGGCGAAUUUAUUGACGAUCUUGAACCGCAGUCAAGUCCAGGAGUUGCCCUCUUUUUCGGGGCAUGAUAAUAAAGAAUGGCCGUAUUUUGAAUCGGUAUUCAUAUCAACAACAGUUGAAGGCAACUACAGUGCCAAAGAAAAUGUUGCUCGUCUAAGAAAGGCACUAAAAGGCGAAGUUUACAAUCUGGUGAGCGAUCGUCUAAGGUAUUCUACUGAUGCAAACGCCGUGAUGGACUCAUUACGUGCGAUUUAUGGGAGAGCAGAUGUUUUAGUGCACAGUCUCACUACGAAUCUGCUUAAGUUGCCGUCGUUGAGCUCACCGAGUGAUACAAAACUGCGUCAAUGGGCUGUGGUUCUAAAUGGUUUUGUUGCGGACAUCAAGUCGAUGGAUUUAAGUAAGGAACUAGACAACAAUUAUAUUCUGACAGAUCUAGCAAGUAGGUUGUCUCCUGGACAAUACCACGACUGGCAAAAACGAAAAUCCAAGAAGACGCACUCGAAUUUAGAAGAUUUCGCAGUUUUUCUCACUGAGAAACUAUACGACUUGCCACCAGAGUUAUCCAAAGCAACAAAGCAGUUAUCGUUAGACAAAGCAAGCGCCUCCAGUUCAUCACGGAAGGUCCUGACUCACCAACCAGUUAUACAGAGUGAAGAAAAAUGUGUUAAAUGUGAAAAAGCCAAACACACUUUAAGUGAAUGUGAAGAAUUUAAAGCUUUGUCUUUAGACGAUAGGUUCACAUUUGCUAAGAGCAAGGCUAUUUGCUUUAGAUGCUUAAAAUUAUCACCACAUAGAUGGAAAAACUGUUCACAAAAGAAGUUGUGUGGUAUCGAGGGCUGCUCGAAAAAUCAUCAUCCGUUACUUCAUCCGUCAACAACGAAGCCAACCUUGAAUUCAUCGGCACAUCCUUUCGUUCCACCGUCGCAAAUUCAUUCGUCACAUCUAGAACCUAAAGCUCCAGUUAUGUUCAAAGUUGUUCCCGUUCGUUUAUUUGGGAACAAUAAUAAAUCUUUAGACACAUUUGCCUUUUUGGACGAUGGCUCAUCCAUUACGAUGGUGGAAAAAGAUGUUUUUGAUCUUUUGGACUUGAGAGGUGAACCAGAGCAGCUUACACUCCAGUGGACAAAGGGCGUUUCCAGAACUGAGGACUCUUUGCGUACAAAUUUACAUGUUUCUGGCAUAAAUAAACGUAAACGACAUUUGCUAAGGGACAUUUAUUCAGUGAAGAAUCUGGAACUGCCACACCAGAGUGUUGACGUUGCCGCUUUAAAGCAAAAGUUCUUGCAUCUAAGAGAUUUGCCGUUACCGAAUCUAAAUGAUGCAAGGCCGAAAAUAUUACUGGGGUUAGAUCAAGCUAAGCUUCUUGUGGGCAGCCGUCAGCGAUCUGGUAAAGAUGAUGAACCACAUGCGAUGAAGACUCUCCUAGGUUGGACCGUCUUUGGUACAACAAAGAUGGAAUCCAGCGUAUCCUGUAUUGGCCCUUCAAGAAUAGCUUCGAUUUCUUACUUUCAUGGAAUUAGCAAGCAAGAUGAAGAACUUCAUGAUAUAGUAAAACGUCAUUUCUCAACCGAGGAGUUUGGGGUUCGGCCUCCUAGCGAAAAUUUUGUUAGCCAACUUGACGCUCGGGCAUUAGAGGUGAUGAAGCGCACCCUGCGCUAUGUUGACGAUCACUACGAGAUUGGUUUGCUAUGGGCUUCCGAUGACGUUAAACUUCCUGAUAGCUACCCCAUGGCUGAAAAAAGACUUAUUACUUUUGAGAAGUCUUUGUUGAAGAGACCUGAGCUGUUGAAGUGGAUGAACCAAUACAUAAAAGAUUUAUUAUCCAAAGGUUACGCUAGGAUAGUUUCAGAUGAAGAGCUGUGUCAAGAGCAUCCGAGAGUUUGGUACACACCUACAUUUGUGGUUGUGAAUCAAAAUAAACAUCCACCGAAGCCAAGAGUUGUUGCUGACGUCGCUGCGAAGGUGAAUGGAGUUUCAUUGAACUCGCAUUUAUUGAAGGGUCCAGACAACUUGGUACCUCUCCACGCUGGGCUGUUCAAAUUUCGCGAACGAAAAGUUGCUGUAAAUGCGGAUGUUCGAGAGAUGUUCCACCGCAUUAAGAUUUGUGAAGCGGACCAGCAUUGUCAGAGGUUUCUUUGGCGAGAUGGCGAUGUUUCUAGAAGGCCAGCAGUCUACAUUAUGCAGGUCAUGAUGUUUGGACCUUCCUGCUCUCCCACAUCUGCACAAUUUGUGAAAAAUCAUCAUGCGAACCUCUAUAAGCAGCAGUGUCCGGAGGCAGUUGAUGGGCUUGUUAACCGAACGUAUGUUGACGACUACUUUAAUAGUCACGACACGGUUGAAGAAGCUGUUGCUGUUAGCAAAGAUGCCAUUGAAAUCUGUAAGGCAAUGAACUUCGAGCUGGUGGGAUUUCAAUCGAAUAGUCGUGCGUUUUUGGACCAGAUUCCUGAAUCGAAUAUAAAAGCAAGCCUGGUGAGUAUCGAUCCUAAUGAGUCCGAGAGUUACGUCACAAAGAUUUUGGGAAUGUUAUGGCAGCCUUCCUCUGAUUAUCUGAUUUAUAAGCUCUACGAUGAAGAGUUUUUAAAGAAGAUGUCGGAUUCAAAUGCUAAUAUAUCCAAACGAGAAAUAUUAAGAACGAUUAUGAGAGUUUUCGACCCCCUUGGUCUUAUUUCCUGUAUCAUCAUCAGAGGGCGAUUUAUUUUGCAAGAGAUCUGGCGCGAAGGCUUCAAUUGGGACGAGCAGAUAUCCUAUGUGUUGCGACAGCAGUGGCUGAAUUUCAUAAGAAUCUUGCGACAAAUAGAGGAAAUCAAGAUUCCUCGUGCCUAUACGACAUUGAACCCGGGUUACUCAAGGAUCAGUUUGGUCGUUUUUGUGGAUGCUUCGGAGAAGGCAUUUGCUGCUGUAUCAUAUUGGCGCUUCGAGCAUAAUGAAGCAGUCGAAGUGGCAAUUGCCAUGGCUAAGGCGAAGGUUGCUCCGGUUAAAAGACUGUCAGUACCUCGCUUAGAGUUACAGGCGGCUGUGCUUGGGGUGCGGAUUGCGAAAACUGUGAGAAGUUCUCACUCAAUUCGAGCUAAUGACAUAAUCUUUAUGUCCGAUUCUAAGACGGUGCUCUCAUGGAUUAGUUCUUCCACCUUCAAAUUCCCAAGUUUCGUUGCUGUUCGUGUUGGAGAAAUUUUAGAAACUACUAAUCCGCAUCAGUGGUGGUUCGUAAGAUCUGCGGAUAAUGUUGCGGAUGACGGAACCAGAUGGUGCGACAAUGCAGAAAGCUCUAAUAACUCGAGAUGGUUUGCAGGACCCGAAUUUUUGAAGCUUCCCCAAGUUGAUUGGCCAGUUACGCCAGGGAAAAUUAUCGCUAAUGCAAAUAAGGUAAGCACAAUUGAUUUAUCUAAAUUCCCAGUAAAUUUGCAUAGACAUCAACCAAUAUCAUUUAAAAUAUUUGAUGAGUUAAAACCAAGAUUUCGAGCUAGAUGGUUUUCGGCAGUCAGAGUAGUGGCACUAUUACUUCGUUUUAAAGACUUGUUGAGUAAAAAGGGAAUUGAAACAGAGCCUUUCGCAACACCUUCAGAAAUUGUAAGAGCUCAGGACUGGUUAUUUCGGAAAAUCCAGCAAGAUGCCUUUUCGGAUGAAAUUACUUGUCUGCAAGCUAAUCGAAGUCCGUUUAUCGAUGAUGAGGGUACUAUGCGACUAGGCUCGAGAAUACAGAAAGCAAAUAUUUCAUACGCAGCACGGAAUCCUGCCAUACUGCCGAAACACCAUCCGCUAGUGGAGUUAUUAGUUCAGCACCACCAUGAAGCUAACAAUCACGUUGCAACGGCCACGACGAUUUCAGACAUCAGGGAAAGAGCUUGGGUUAUAAGCAUUCGUUCGACAGUGGCACGAGUCCAAUCAAAGUGUUUUAUGUGCAAAAGACUCAAGGCUAAGGCAGUAACACCAUUUAUGGGUCAAUUGCCUGAAGGUCGGUUAGCCUUUGAGUUGAGACCUUUUACCCAUGUAGGGGUAGACUGUUUCGGUCCCAUGCAUGUUAAAUAUGGAAGAGGCACAGUUAAACGAUUUGGGAUGAUUUUUACUUGUUUGAGUUUCCGUGCCGUCCACAUUGAGGUGCUCAAUGAUCUCUCUAUGGACCAGUGUUAUAUGGCUGUUCGUCGAUUUCUCAUCAUUCGUGUAGUCACCAAAUUCAUCUAUAGCGAUAAUGGCCUUAACUUCGUCGGCACAAAGAACCGCCUAGAUAAAGAUGUAAAGGAGAUGGAGGCUGCUCUCGGUGAGUACUGCGCCAAGUACGAAGGGAUACUCUGGCGUUUCAUACCUGCAUAUUCACCGUGGAUGGGUGGAGCGUGGGAGCGCCUUAUUAAAUCCAUUAAAUCCAGCAUAGAAUUUACCUUAAGGGGAGUGACACCUCGAGAAGAUGUUCUUUUAAACGCGCUAUAUGAGGCACAGGGGCAGAUUAAUAGGAGGCCGCUAACUCAUAUACCCGUCGACCCGGAGGAUCCUCGACCACUUACACCAAACUCUAUACUUUUUGGAGAUGCCGAUCGGAAUUUAACCGCACCUGGAGUGUUUUCUGGCAAAGAUCAAUGGAGUAGGCUGUAUAGCCGUCGAGCGCAACACCUAAUGAGAGAAUUAACAAGGCGUUGGUACACAGAGUAUCUUCCUGAGCUGACGAGGCGUUCAAAAUGGUACACAAAAACAAAGCCAGUAGAGAUUGGAAGCAUUGUUCUUGUUAUUGAGCCGGGGGAAGUUCGAUCUGUUUGGAGGCUUGGCAGAGUGACAAACGUUUUUCCUGGUCCUGAUGGAAUUGUGCGGAUAGCUGAUGUUCGUCUGCCAAAUGGAAACAUUUUGGUGAAGAGGUCGGUUGGGAGGCUCGCUGUCUUGGAUCUGGAGUCUUCAGAUAGAGCUUCAGACGGGCCCCGGGAUGUCAUCGAGCCAUAA